GGCAAAACGUCCCCUAAAACGAAAGUGAGAGUGUCGAGCCAAAUAUCAAUGAUAUUUACUGUACAAUUUCGGGUCCCAGCCAGGCGGGUCGUAUAUAAAGGCAAGGUGUGAGAGAUUCGAUAUCAGUCGCCAACAGCCACCAGCACAACAAGCACCAUGAAGUUCCUGAUCGUCCUUGCCCUGGUCGCUGCGGCCUCCGCCGCUCCCCAGUUCUUCUCCAAGGAGGUGAGGAAGAUGGUCGUCCCCAGCGGCGCCUGGGAACGCCACGAAGAGCACCACGAGAUCCCCCAGGCCCGCAUGUUGGUCCAGGGCAAGUCCCACGGCGCGGUCCUGACUAAGGAGGGUGGUGCCCAGACCCUGGAGGAGUCCUUCGACAUGAACGAGCCCGGCCGCUACCUGUACCACUUCAAGACCAACAACGGCAUCGCCAAGAUGGAGCAGGCCGCCCUGGAGAAGGAUGCCGGCAAGGUGCAGGGCGCCUACGAGUGGACCAGCCCCGAGGGCCAGAACUUCAAGCUGGAGUACGUCGCCGACGAGCUCGGCUUCCACCCCGUGGCUGCUCACCUGCCCGUCGCCCCCGCCGCCCCCGAGAUCCCCGUCGCCAUCCAGCGCUCUCUGGAGUGGAACGCCGCUCACCCUGAGGAGGACGACUCUCAGAUGUACGAGCAGCCCCAGUCCCAGAUGUACGCCCAGCCCCAGUCCCAGAUGUACAUCAGCAAGAAGACCAUGUACUAAGCUUGUUUUUGUGAAUUAUAAUAAUUUAUUCUAUUA